AUGACAACGGUUGCCUCAUCCAUGCCACAUUCUUCAGCAAAAGAAAUUCCCAUCUCGCAACAAUCUUCCAUUUUGGCACAUCGCAUUCAAGCAUCUUGCAAGACGGUCGCACAAGCCAUGGAAUGGAUGGAUCAGCAACGACCAGCAGCAACAACUACUAGAACAGAAGCAGAGUGGGAAGAUGCCUGGAUAGCCGUGGUCCAAGUGUGUGCCAAACAUCGAAACUGGCAACAAGCCGUGGAUAUUUGUCAAAAUCGCAUCCCGGCGUCAGAGCAAUGUCGUUCCAUGGCCAUUUCCAUUUGCGGACGGUGUCAGCAAAUCACAGCAGCCUUGCAAUUAUUAUUAGACACUCCACACUGUGUCAGUAUAACAACACCGGCUCCCUACAAUGCUGCCAUUGCGGCCUGUGGUACCAAUCGGGCGUGGAAAGAAGCGCUCGAUAUUAUUUACGAUCGCAUGCCACGAUCCAUGGUCACUUCUCUGUCCGCCAAUGCGGUCUUGACGGCAUUGGCCAAAUCUCAUCGAGGAACCGAAGCCCUGCAAUUUUUGAAGGAGGGAUUUGACACCUUGGGUGUGGCACGAGAUCGCAUUAGUUAUCAUCAUACCAUGGCGGCUUUAAUGGGACAGGGGCAUCUCGAUGAUGCCGUGCAGUUGGUCUUGACGGAUAUGCAACUCGAUAAGGAUGUACAACCCAAUCAAGAAACCUUUGACCGGUUAUAUGGAGCCGUUGUCAGUAAACGCGGGAGUACAAAGGACGAUGAUGCCCAGCGAGAGCACUAUGACAAACUUUUGGACCAAUUGCAACAAGCGGCACAACAAGUGGAUCCAGAGGAAAAUGACAAGAGUGCAAGGAAAAAGAAGAAACGAAAGCAUUGUUCCGAAGAUACCAAUACAACAACAACACAACCUUCCAAUAAUGAUAAGCGACCCAAGACCACUAUUAUUCCACAAUCACAAUCACCACAACCAAGAAACCAUGACAUUUGGAACUUUUGCAAGUGGGAGUUGCCCAAACGGGGCAAGGGAAAGACUUCCUUUUGGCACUUGGGGACCAUCACCAGCAACGACAACGACAACGACAACAACAACAAUGACACCAUUCUGGUAGGGUUGCAUCCGAAUCGCAAUCCAAGCAAAAAUGGCAUUCAACUCUGGUUCUUUCGAGAGGACAACAAUCCGUCUCGACGGCGACCACGACAAAAAAUUGGGUUCCUACUCAUGAUCAAUACGCCAGGAUAUCAGCAGCAUCAAAAUGAUGAUAAUGAUUCAUCAACAAUGGGCAAGAGUCAAUUAUUGGGACUCAAAGUCACCGAGGAUGGAGAUCGGCGUAAGGGAUGGGCCAAAAUCUUUCUCGCCAUUUGGUUGCAGUGCUGUGUAGAUGCCAAUCUACAACCGUGUACGGGAAAAAUGAACAAGCCAUUGCUGUGUCUGGUGCUGCAGCAUUCCUUCCACUUUACACCUGUUCCACUCUCCGGAGGAGUACGAGCCCGUAUUUUGCCGCCAUCGGGGGAUGACACGUCUGUGGUACGAUUGACCACCGACUCGUCGUCCGUCAAGAAUUUAGCCGGCGCCUUGACACCACGGGAUGUCCAAGAACAAAACAUUCAACUGGUGGCACCUACGGAUGUUGUUGUUGUGGAAUCAUCAGGUGGUCGAGUGAUUGAAGUGGGAGGUUUGUUGCAGCCACCGGCAUGCAAGCUGGAGCUUCAAGAGAGCAUUGAUGGAGUUCUGGGCAAGAAUCAAUGGGAGUUGACGGCAGGCAUCAUCAAGGCUGGGGAUGACACUGCCACUGCUGGCAGCAAUAAUAAUGCUGAGGGUGGUGAGCAGAGGACAUCCCACAACGACAAUGUGAAGCAGAAUGGUGCAGCCCCCUUGACCAUGUCUAGACUCUUCCUUGGUGUCUAG